AUGAGUAGUAUAAAAUCGAAAACAAGGGAUGAAUUGAAAAGGGAAAGAGAGUUGGAUGAGGCACGGAAGGCCGGUACAGCUCCAGCUCUCAAGGAUGAGUUAGGGAAUGAAAUAAACCCUCACAUACCUCAAUAUAUCUCUAAAGCUCCGUGGUAUUUAGAUCAGGGUGAACCAAGUUUACGCCACCAGAGGACUAACGAAGUACAGAAGGCUCCCAUUGAAGUUGUGACUCGACGAGGAGUGACGAAUAAAGUGGCCUUAAAAUUUAGAAAGGGAGCCUGCGAGAAUUGCGGAGCUAUGACCCAUGACGCUAAGACGUGCGUGGAACGGCCGCGAAAGAAGGGAGCGAAGUUUACGAAUGAAAACAUCUGCCCCGACGAGUACAUACUGGAAAACGCAGAAAAGAGCUACGACGCCACGAGAGAUCGCUGGGCCGGGUUUGACCCAAAUACACAUCUGCAGUUGGUUGAGGAAUACAAAGACCUGGAACACGAAAGGGCCCUGAACAAAAUUGUUAACAUUUCAAACGACGACGAAGCAGUGGAGGAUGAUGACAAGCACGUAGAAAAAAAUGAAACCUUUGAAUGCAAAGAUGACAAGACGAGAACCACGACGAGAAACCUGAGGAUUAGAGAGGAUACGGCAAAGUACCUAAUUAAUUUGGACGUCAACUCGGCGUUUUACGACCCAAAAUCAAGGUCAAUGAGAGAAGAUCCGCUAGCAGGAGUUAACAGUUAUUUUAAGGGAGACAACUACUAUUUUAAUUCAGAGGAAACGUAUAAGCCCAAGGAGCUCGAGGUGUUCGCCUGGGAGAGUAACAAGAAAGGACUAGACGUAAAUUUUAUCGCAAAUCCAACAAAAUUGGAAAAAUUAUAUAACGAAACUAAGGAGAACGAGGAAAAGGAGGUGCUCGAGAGGAAGCAGAAGCUGAUAGAACGCUUUAAAGCCAAAGAAUACAUUGAAAAUUAUAAAGAACUGAAGCCACUGGCUAAAGUGUCGGAAGAAGAUAUAAUUAAAUACGACGAACGACAACUCGAAUUUGAUGAAGGGAAGUUGCUGGGACACUCGCAAAUUUGGGGGUCGUACUACGACCUCGAAAAGGGUGUUUGGGGAUACAAGUGCUGUAAAGUAACUAAUCGCUCAGAGCAUUGUAAAUUAUAG